AUGAUUUUAAAAAAUGUAGAAUCAUUAAGGAAAAAUAAUUUCAUGUUAAAUCAUAAGUAUUUUGAAAAAUUUAAAUUUAGUACUAAAAUAUUAGAAAAUAAUAUAAGAAAGAAUAAAAGUUUUGAAGAAAAGUGGAAAUAUAUUAUAAGAAAUGAUUAUAUCAAUAAAAUAACGCAUAUUUUUGAAAAUAAUAAUAAAAAUGAUAUGACUAAAAAGAAUAAUUGUUGCCAUUUUAUAAUUGGAGCAGAAGGAUUAGGCAAAAAAUUUUUCAUUGAAAAAUCAAGAGAGAAUUUUUUGAAUAAUAAAAAUGAAAAAAAAAAAAAAUAUAUAUUUUUUGAGUAUGAUUUUAAAUUAAUAAAUGACAUUUCUUUUAAUCUUAAAUUACAUUCACUAGAAUCGUCUUUAAGAUAUAAAUUAUUAAAAGAAGUAAACAAUGAUAUUGAAAACAAAAAAAUACAGUUAAAGGAUUUAUACCAUUAUCUAGUGGAUAAAGAAGAUCACGUUCUUUUAUCUAAAAUGAAUUCAUUUUUUAAAUAUAUUAUCAAUAAUCCUCAAAUGUUUGACUAUUUGAAUGAUCAAGAUAGGGAAAAAAUACAAAAUUUUUCUAUUUUAUUAGAAAAAGGUAAAUUUUUUUUUGAAGAUUGGAAUUCUUUUGUAAAAAUACUCUUACGAAAAUUAAAUGUAAAAUGUUUUUGCAGUUAUUUGAACGAAUUCAGUGCUUCCUUAUAUUUUUUUAAAAUGAUUGCUGAAUAUGAAGAACAUGAUUAUUAUCUUAAUAAUUCUAGAAAUAUUAUGACUAACUAUUCUAAUGGAUUAUAUAUUUAUAAAUAUUUUUUAUCAAUUUUAAAAUUUUUGGAAAUGAGACAUUCUUAUAAUUUUUAUUUUAUUUUUAUUAAUUUUCAUUUAUCUUUAUUAUGUAGUCAGCCAGUAAGAAGUUUUAACUUCUUUAUCAAUUUUUUAAAUGAAAAUAUACAGAAAAUGUAUAAUAUACCAGUGAUAAUUCAUUCUAUAAAAAAUUUAGAAAUAAUGAAAUUUAUAUUUAUUUACAAUAGUAUAAUAAUGAAUUUAUUUCUUGAAAAAAAGGGAAAAAUAAAUAAUAAUAAUUUUUAUUAUAUGAAUAAUGACAUGAAUAUAAAUGAAAAUGAAAGUAGUUCUUUUAGUAAAACAACCAGCAAUAUUUCACUACAUAAAAUGGAUGAUUUUAUUAAAAAAAAAAUUGAAUAUACAAGGAAAUGUGAACAAAAAAUACAAGAUAAAAAUAAAAAUAAAGAAAAAAUAAAUUAUAAUUAUUAUAAUUAUUUAAAUAAAGAUGAAUUAGAAAACUAUGAAUUAAUAAAAAGUAAUUUAGUAGAGAUAAACGAUUUUUCCUAUGAUAUGAUUAAGUGUAUAAUGGUUCCUAAUUUUACAAAAAAUGAAGAAAUUAGCAAAUGUAUUUAUAAUAUUAUAGGAGGAAAUAUAAAUUUAAUUAAAAUGAUUUGCAAAGGAUUAUAUAAAUUGAAUGAGGAGUAUAAUGAAUCAAAAAUAAUUAAUGAAAUUGAAAAUGAAAAAAAAAAAAAUAUUACUUAUGAUAUUGAUGAAGAAGCAUUAGAUCAUAAAAAUUCAAUAGAAGAAAUUGUUCAAUAUAAAAAAUUAGAAAAGGAAAAAUUAUUUUUAAAAAAUAUUUCUCAAAAUGUUUUACAUACUUUCAUUUUAGAUUUCGAACAUAAAAUAAUAAAUUUUUUUAGUUUACCUAAUAUAGAAGACAUGAAAUUGGAUAAUAUAAAAGAGAAGAGAAAAGGAUUAACUUGUGUAGAAUUUUACUUCACUAUUUUUGAAGUUAUUAGAUAUUUUUUAAAAAAGCAAAAAGUGUUUUGUAAGAAUAUUAUAAACUUGAAUAAUCCUAUACUUUUAGGUUUAAUAGAUGUCAAUAUAAUACAUUAUAAUUAUGAGAAUAAAUAUUUAGAAUUAACCAACAAAUUCUAUGAAGUACUAUUAUUAAACUAUAUUGAUUUAAAGUAUAAACAAUUCCCAAUGAAAUUUAAAGCAAAAUAUAAUAUUAAUUAUGUUUUAAAUUAUAAAGUUAUUGAACAAGAAUAUAAAUUAUUAGAAUCACAAGCAUAA